AUGGCGCAAGUUAUGAUGCCGAUGACACCAUUCAAUCAAAAUGAGAAUGGCACUCCCCCUCGUCCCUUGAGUAGACGCAAGAAGAGAGAAGCCGAAGCCGCGGCCGCGGCCGUUGUCCUAUCUGAAGAUCGCAGACGCGCCCUCGAAGCUACUUAUAACGGAGCUAGCGCUGGCGAAGCCCGCGAGAAACUCCUUCAAAAUCCAGCACUGUCACUUGGACCUGGUCUUCAUCUGCCACCUACUGAGGAUAAGACGUAUAACUUACUCACCCAUUUCCGUGUUCCUGGACCUGAACUCGUCAACAAGAGCGUCCCCAGCUGUGGCUUGCCAUUAGGUUGGUCUGACAAGCAUGACCGUUGCAUUGCACAAGAGGCGCUUCAACCUCGUUACACUACACGCGAAAUCACUUCCUUCAUCUUGAAGCGAUUUCCAGAGUUGUGCCGCCAUCGGAUUAAGGAGUCAAUUAUUGAGUUACGCCUGGAACUCCUUGACCGCUCUGAAAAUUCUUAUUUCAGUGUUGAGUAUGGUGGUUAUAGUGAUCAUGAGUGGGCCCGAGGCAUCUGA